UGGUUUGAAGGAAAGCAGGAGUAGGGGGAAAGGGGGGGGGGCUCGCGUGGUGCGUCCUAGGGUUUAGGGCGCGUCGUAGGGCACUGUGAGUGUGUAUGUGUGUAAUGACACGCGCUCUUUUCCGGUGAGGCAGAGACGAGGAGGUCGAGGACGUCAUAACGUACGACGAGUUCGGGUUCCUCGAGUUGAGUGACCCGGGCCUGGAGAACGCCUUGAACAUCAGAGAGCCACCGCCCUCAUUCGACGAGACCGGGCUGACCACCUACAACGACCUGUGCCGCUCCAUGGGUCUCGUCCCGAUCAGCCGCUUCCUGCAGCAGCUUAACGAAGGGCUGGUCGACCUGCGGUUCUACGGCGUGAACCCGCGUACGGUGCGAGCCAUCGCCCAGGCCCUCAUGUACAACCCCAGCGUGCACACGCUGGACCUCUCGGGAAACUGGCUGAGCGACGAGGCGGCAUACUACCUGGCCGAGCUGCUGCUCCGCGAGAAUGUCGCGCUGCGGCGCCUCGCCAUGCGGGGCUGCAAGCUCAGCGCGCGCGCCGCCGCGAUGCUGGCCGAGGGCGUGGAGCUCAACCACAGCCUGCAGGAGCUGGACCUGGCCGACAACGAGCUCGGCGAUGACGGCGUCAAAGCAAUGCAGGAGGCGCUGGCGCAAAACGACGAGCUGCGCGAACUGGAUUUGAGCAACAACAACCUGGGACCCGCGGCGGCGGCAGCCCUGGGGAAGGCCCUACGGGAGAACCAGACAAUAGAAAGUCUCGGACUGUCGAGAAACAAUCUGUACGAAGACGUACCCAAAGGUUUGCGGGUUCUCUUGAGGGCAAUCCAGCAGCGUGAGAAGUCUUUCCAGCAUCUAGAUCUAGCGUGGAACGCUCUCAAUGCGUCAGCGGCAGUACCCCUGCGGGCGUUUCUAGUCAGAAGUACAGUGCAAGAACUUUUUCUAGAUCACAACAGGUAAGAUACUGCAUGUCCAAGAAGAAAGAAGACACCUUACACGUGUGAUUUUGUA